AUGGCUGUCUCAACAAUCUACUCAACACAAGCUCUCAACUCAACUCACUUCUUAACCUCCUCUCCUUCUUCUUCCUCCUCAAAACAAGUCUUCCUAUACCGUCGUCAAUCCCAAACCAACCGUAGAUUCAACACAAUCAUCACUUGCGCCGCACAACAAACCAUCGUGAUCGGUCUCGCCGCCGAUUCCGGAUGCGGCAAAAGCACCUUCAUGCGGAGGCUCACAAGCGUCUUCGGCGGCGCCGCUGAGCCACCGAGAGGCGGGAAUCCUGAUUCCAACACACUCAUCAGCGACACGACCACUGUGAUCUGUCUCGACGACUACCAUUCCUUGGACCGGACCGGUAGGAAAGAGAAAGGAGUCACCGCUUUGGACCCACGCGCCAAUGACUUUGAUCUUAUGUAUGAGCAAGUCAAAGCUCUCAAGAGUGGUGUCGCCGUCGAGAAACCGAUCUACAAUCACGUCACUGGACUUCUUGAUGCGCCUGAGCUUAUUCAGCCUCCCAAGAUUCUCGUCAUCGAAGGUCUUCACCCAAUGUUUGAUGAGAGGGUAAGAGACUUAUUGGACUUCAGUAUCUACUUAGACAUAAGCAAUGAAGUCAAAUUCGCUUGGAAAAUCCAGAGGGAUAUGGCUGAGAGAGGUCACAGUUUAGAGAGCAUCAAAGCAAGUAUCGAAGCCCGAAAGCCUGAUUUCGAUGCAUUCAUUGACCCGCAAAAGCAGUACGCAGAUGCAGUCAUUGAAGUGCUUCCUACGCAGCUGAUUCCAGAUGACAAUGAAGGCAAAGUGUUGAGAGUGAGACUGAUAAUGAAGGAAGGUGUUAAAUACUUUAGCCCGGUCUACCUAUUCGAUGAAGGUUCGACCAUCUCUUGGAUCCCUUGCGGCCGCAAACUCACCUGCUCGUACCCUGGCAUCAAGUUUAACUACGAACCUGAUUCCUACUUCGACCAUGAGGUAUCGGUUUUGGAGAUGGACGGGCAAUUCGAUAGACUGGACGAGCUGAUUUACGUGGAGAGCCAUCUGAGCAACCUCUCGACCAAAUUCUACGGCGAAGUGACUCAGCAAAUGCUCAAACAUGCUGAUUUCCCGGGGAGCAACAACGGGACUGGUCUAUUCCAGACCAUUGUUGGAUUGAAGAUCAGAGAUCUCUACGAGCAGCUCAUUGCCAGCAAAGCCACUGCUCGUGCAGAAGCUGCUAAAGCCUAA